CAUUCCAGGAGAUGUCACCACAGAAAAUCCCAGUACAAAUUCUGAAGGAAAUUUGUUGUCACAAAAUUAUAAAGUAGAAGAUGAAGAUAUGCAGCGCUCUUCAGGAGAAAAUAUUAAUGUACAUCCAGGACUUCACAGUACAUAUAAUCUUCCUAAUCAUGAGGAACCUUCUCUUGACCAGAAAGAGGGUGAAAUGUUUCACUGUGGUAAAGAGUUCACAAAAAGAUCAAGUCUUUCUACAUAUAGAAGAAUUUGCACUGGGGAGAAGCCAUACUCCUGUUCAGAUGAAGCACAUCUUGUUAGACAUAAAAAAAGCAACACAGGAGAGAUGUUUAAGUGUUCAGAAUGUGGGAAAGGUUUUAAAAUGAAAUCAAAUCUUGUUAUACAUGAGAGAAUUCACACAGGAGAGAAACCAUAUUCAUGUUCAGAAUGUGGGAAAUGUUUUACAAAUAAAUCAAAUCUAGUUAUACAUGAGAGAAAUCACACAGGAGAGAAGCCAUAUUCAUGUUCAGAAUGUGGAAAAUGUUUUAAAGAUCAAUCAGGUCUUGUUAGACAUAAGAGAAAUCACACAGGAGAGAAGCCAUAUUCAUGUUCAGAAUGUGGGAAAUGUUUUACACAAAAAUCAGAUCUUGUUAGGCAUGAGAGAAGUCACACCGGAGAGAAGCCAUAUUUGUGUUCAGAAUGUGGUAAAUGUUUUACACAAAAAUCUGAUCUUAUUAAGCAUGAGAGAAGUCACACAGGAGAGAAGCCAUAUUUGUGUUCAGAAUGUGGGAAAUGUUUUACACAGAAAUCAGAACUUGUUACACAUCAGAGAUUUCACACAGGAGAGAAGCCAUAUUCAUGUUCAGAAUGUGGGAAAUGUUUUACAGAUAUAUCAGGUCUUGUUAGACAUGAGAGAAGUCACACAGGAGAGAAGCCGUAUUUGUGUUCAGAAUGUGGGAAAUGUUUUAAAAUCAAAUCAAAUCGUGCUAUGCAUGAGAGAAUUCACACAGAAGAGAAGCCAUAUUCAUGUUCAGAAUGUGGGAAAUGUUUUAGAAAUAAAUCAAAUCUUGUUAUACAUGAGAGAAAUCACACAGGAGAGAAGCCAUAUUCAUGUUUAGAAUGUGGGAAAUGUUUUACACAUAAAUCAGAUCUUGUUAAGCAUGAGAGAAGUCACACAGGAGAGAAGCCGUUUUCGUGUUCAGAAUGUGGGAAAUGUUUUACACAAAAAUCAGAUCUUGUUAAGCAUGAGAGAAGUCACACAGGAGAGAAGCCAUAUUUGUGUUCAGAAUGUGGGAAAUGUUUUACACAAAAAUCAAAUCUUGUUAAGCAUGAGAGAAGUCACACAGGAGAGAAGCCAUAUUUGUGUUCAGAAUGUGGGAAAUGUUUUACACGAAAAUUACAUCUUGUUACACAUCAGAGAUUUCACACAGGAGAGAAGCCGUAUUCAUGUUCAGAAUGUGGGAAAUGUUUUACACAAAUAUCAGGUCUUGUUAGACAUGAGAGAAAUCACACAGGAGAGAAGCCGUAUUUGUGUUCAGAAUGUGGGAAAUGUUUUACACAAAAAUCAAAUCUUGUUAGACAUCAGAGAUUUCACACAGGAAAGAAGCCUUAUUCGUGUUCAGAAUGUGCGAAAUGUUUUACACGGAAAUCAUCUCUUGUUACACAUCAGAGAUGUCACACAGGAGAAAAGAUGUUUAAAUGUUCAGAAUGUGGGAAAGGUUUUAAAAUCAAAUCAAAUCUUGCUAUGCAUGAGAGAAUUCACACAGGAGAGAAGCCAUAUUCAUGUUCAGAAUGUGGGAAAUGUUUUAGAAAUAAAUCAAAUCUUGUUAUACAUGAGAGAAAUCACACAGGAGAGAAGCCGUAUUCAUGUUCAGAAUGUGGGAAAUGUUUUAAAGAUCAUUCAGGUCUUGUUAGACAUAAGAGAAAUCACACAGGAGAGAAGCCAUAUUCAUGUUUAGAAUGUGGGAAAUGUUUUACACAAAAAUCAGAUCUUGUUAAGCAUGAGAGAAGUCACACAGGAGAGAAGCCGUUUUCGUGUUCAGAAUGUGGGAAAUGUUUUACACAAAAAUCAGAUCUUGUUAAGCAUGAGAGAAGUCACACAGGAGAGAAGCCAUAUUUGUGUUCAGAAUGUGGGAAGUGUUUUACACAAAAAUCAAAUCUUGUUAAGCAUGAGAGAAGUCACACAGGAGAGAAGCCAUAUUUAUGUUCAGAAUGUGGGAAAUGUUUUACACGAAAAUUACAUCUUGUUACACAUCAGAGAUUUCACACAGGAGAGAAGCCGUAUUCAUGUUCAGAAUGUGGGAAAUGUUUUACAGAAAUAUCAGGUCUUGUUAGACAUGAGAGAAGUCACACAGGAGAGAAGCCGUAUUUGUGUUCAGAAUGUGGGAAAUGUUUUACACAAAAAUCAAAUCUUGUUACACAUCAUAGAUUUCACACAGGAAAGAAGCCUUAUUCGUGUUCAGAAUGUGGGAAAUGUUUUACACGGAAAUCAUCUCUUGUUACACAUCAGAGAUGUCACACAGGAGCAAAUUUCAGUGAGGAGGAGAAGGACAUUCCAGGAGAUGUCACCACAGCAGAAAAUCCCAGUACAAAUUCUGAAGGAAACUUGUUGUCACUAAAUUAUAAAGUAGAAGAUGAAGAUAUGCAGUGCUCUUCAGGAGAAAAUAUUAAUGUGCAUCCAGGACUUCACAGUACAGAUCUGUCAUAUAAUCUUCCUAAUUAUGAGAAACCUUCUCUUGACCAGAAAGAGGGUGAAAUGUUUCACUAUGGUAAAGUGUUCACAAAAAGAUCAAGUUUUUUUACAUACAGAAGAAUUUGCAUCGGGGAGAAGCCAUACUCCUGUUCAGAAUGUGGGGAGUGCUUUACAGAUAAAUCACGUCUUGUUAGACAUAAAAAAAUACACACAGGAGAGAUGUUUAAAUGUUCAGAAUGUGGGAAAGGUUUUAAAAUCAAAUCAAAUCUUGCUAUACAUGAGAGAAUUCACACAGGAGAGAAGCCAUAUUCAUGUUCAGAAUGUGGGAAAUGUUUUAGAAAUAAAUCACAUCUUGUUACACAUGAGAGAAAUCACACAGGAGAGAAGCCGUUUUCGUGUUCAGAAUGUGGGAAAUGUUUUAAAGAUCAAUCAGGUCUUGUUAGACAUAAGAGAAGUCACACAGGAGAGAAGCCAUAUUCAUGUUCAGAAUGUGGGAAAUGUUUUACACAAAAAUCUGAUCUUGUUAGGCAUGAGAGAAGUCACACAGGAGAGAAGCCGUUUUCGUGUUCAGAAUGUGGGAAAUGUUUUACACAAAAAUCAGAUCUUGUUAAGCAUGGGAGAAGUCACACAGGAGAGAAACCAUAUUCAUGUUCAGGAUGUGGGAAAUGUUUUACACAAAAAUCAGAUCUUGUUAAGCAUGAGAGAAGUCACACAGGAGAGAAGCCAUAUUCAUGUUCAGAAUGUGGGAAAUGUUUUACACAAAAAUCUAAUCUUGUUACACAUCAGAGAUUUCACACAGGAGAGAAGCCGUAUUCAUGUUCAGAAUGUGGGAAAUGUUUUACAGAAAUACAAGGUCUUGUUAGACAUGCGAUAAGUCACACAGGAGAGAAGCCGUAUUUGUGUUCAGAAUGUGGGAAACGUUUUACACAAAAGUCUAAUCUUGUUACACAUCAGAGAAGUCACACAGGAGCAAAUUUCUGAAAUUGAAUCAGUCAGCAGAUUCCAUUUGGGUACAAAUAAAUUCAAACCAAAGUGACAGUGCUCAGAUUGCCCUAGUAAAUUGUGGAUGACAUUCUGAAGUCUUGUAGGGCUUUAACGUCAAGGCAGCAUUGACAAUCUUAAAGUGGCAGUAAAAUAUAUAGAUAUGGAUAAACAGAUGGUGGCCGGUGGUAGUAAGCAAACUGUUUAACAACACAUUGCACUUUUGGCUUUGUUAUGCUUUUUAAAAUAAAAUAAAAAUUCCAACCCUUUUUUCGGGGAGAUUCGAUGGUAUGGACGUUACAUUGACGACUUGCUGCUGGUAUGGUCGGGCGGUGUGGCGGACAUACCAUCGUUCUCCUCUUAUUUGAAUAAAUGUAUUGAGACUCUCUCUUUCAGUGUUCACCAUAAAACUAUGUCUGUUAAUUUUGGGGAUUUAUGUUUGAAAGGCGACAUUGCAGAAUCUACGGUCCGUACAUCUACCUUUAGAAAAGUGACAGUGGGUAAUACAACACUUCUGGCCAC